CGCUGCCCCUGGCGGCAUCGGCCACUGUGCCUCUGCCUCUCCCCCAGAGAGCAUCCAGCGCCGACAGCCGUCCUGCCCGCCCGAGAUGCCCGCAAUCCUGGUGAUCAGUCCCCGGCCGCUGCUGCUCCUGCUGACCGUGCUGGCCAGCCAGGCCGCCGCCGCCGGCGCUCCCCAGCCAUGGCACUGCGCACCCUGCUCUGCUGAGAAGUUGGCGCUCUGCCCACCCGUGCCCGCCUCGUGCCCAGAGCGCUCACGGCCGGCUGGCUGCGGCUGCUGCCCGGUGUGCGCCCUGCCGCUGGGCGCUGCGUGCGGCGUGGCCACUGCGCGAUGCGCCCGCGGACUCAGCUGCCGCGCCUUGCCUGGGGAGCCGCGGCCCCUUCACGCACUCACCCGCGGCCAGGGCGCCUGUGUGCGGGAGGAGACUGCGGCCACCCAGCGUGCUGCCCCCAGCACCAAAGCUCCAGAGCCCCCCGCGGCCCCCCAGAGCGGGGAGAUGACGGAGGAGCAGCUGCUGGAGCGUUUCCACUUGAUGGCCCCUUCCAACGAGGACGGUCCGGCCCUCUGGAACGCCAUUAGCACCUUGAAGGGCACGGGGGCCCAGGAGGGCGCACCCGGCACAAAGCGGAAGGGGCCCUGCCAACGCGAACUCUACCGCGUGCUGGAGCAGUUGGCCAAGGCGCAGCAGGAGGCAGGGGGAGAAGUGUACAGGUUUUACCUGCCCAACUGCAACAAGAACGGCUUCUAUCACAGCAAGCAGUGUGAGACGUCCCUGGAUGGAGAGGCCGGGCUCUGCUGGUGCGUCUACCCGUGGAGUGGGAAGAGGAUCCCGGGGUCCCUGGAGAUCAGAGGGGACCCCAAAUGCCACCAGUAUUUUAAUGCACAAAACUGAGGAUGGCUGUAGCCUGAGCUCCCCCACUAUUUAAGCAUCGGGUGUAUUUAUCCUCUGGAAAACACACUUUAUAUAUAUAUUUGUGCUUGUAUAUACAUAGGACUACUUUUUAUACUCCACAUACAACUUCUAUGUAAGGCUGUUAGUUUAUUUAUUCUCUGUAAGUUUAUUUUUUCUACAUAGUAACAUUUGCUGUAUUAACUUAUACAAGAGUACAGGACGCACUUCUCAUCGCCUGGGUGUAAAUCCUGGCGUUGCAGCCCCUCUGGGUUUUCAGAGUGGGAAAGCAGUGCCCAGAAACGGGCGUGGAGCUUCCACACUCCCUCCCGGGGCCGGGGACGGCCUGCUGCAUGCUGGGGGGGUGGUGGUGGUGUGGACUGGCAGGGCAAGUAUAGGUUCUGCGUGCCUAACCCUGGCUGCCUGGGUCGACCCUGCUGUUACCCACACACGCCUGGCCUGUUUGGAAUAAACGCCCGCCUGGGCCCGUGCUUGUCACCAAG